AACUACAGCGUUUAAGGUGUUGGGUAAGAGCGGUUGAUGGCUAGGCGUGUAUGCUCUACCUUUUGCCAAGUCGUUCAUGGCGCCAUCGCAGAUUUCGGAAUUGAAUUUAAUGCAGAUCUAAUUUGGAGUUGGGGUUUUUAUUGCAUUCCGAAUUGAUGUUCCGAUCGAUUACCAGUAUCGGACAAGCCGUCUUCGCUGCUGCCAUAUUGAACUCCAUUGCGGAAGCUCGCAGUCGAGCAGUACCUUCAUUCAAUCUGUAAUUCUAAACCUGAUUUCGCGGCCACAAUGGAUUCGAAAGAGCCUCGGCCGAUUGUAGAGAUCAACCGGCUCAGUUUCACCUACCCUGGAAUCGACGGCCAUCCACCGGCUGGCUCGAAACCCCUGAUUGACGAUUUCUCCCUCAAUUUAUUUCCCGGCCAACGGUGUCUUCUCGUUGGAUCAAAUGGAGCUGGGAAGACAACAAUUUUGAAAAUAAUAGGUGGAAAGCACAUGGUGGAGCAGGAUAUGGUAAAGGUAUUCGGGAGAUCUGCGUUUCAUGACACUGCUUUGUGUACCUCCGGUGAUCUUUCUUAUCUUGGAGGGGAGUGGAGAAGGGAAGUUGCUUUUGCUGGUUUUGAGGUUCCAAUUCAGAUGGAUGUUUCUGCUGAUAAGAUGAUUUUUGGGGUAGCAGGCAUUGAUCCCCAAAGACGAGAUGAGCUAAUUAAGGUUUUAGGUAUUGACCUGUCCUGGAGAAUGCAUAAAGUAUCCGAUGGUCAAAGAAGACGAGUUCAAAUAUGUAUGGGUCUUCUAAAGCCUUUCAAGGUUCUCCUGCUCGAUGAGAUCACAGUGGACUUAGAUGUGCUUGCCCGAGCCGACCUUCUAAAGUUUCUGAAGAAAGAAUGCGAAGAAAGAGGCACUGUAAUUAUAUACGCCACACAUAUUUUUGAUGGUCUUGAGGAUUGGCCGUCGCAUAUCGUUUAUGUUUCUCAUGGAAAAUUACAAUUAGCAAUGCCGUUGGAUAAAGUUAAGGAGACGAGCAAGCUGCCACUUAUGAGAAUUGUGGAGUCUUGGCUUAGAAAAGAGAGAGACGAGGAGCGACGAAAAAGGAAAGAAAGAAAGGCUAAAGGACUUCCUGAAUAUGAAGAGCAAGUUGAGGGCAGUCGAGCCACCGGAGAUCCGGCCAGGGCUGCUGUCCGUGUAUUAAACAAUGGGUGGGCUGCCGGCCGGCUAAAUUCGACCGUUGCCGGAGAAGAGAAUUUUAACUUGAGCUCCAAUAGGGUCCUCAGGUAACAUUCCUUGAACACCAAAACUUUUUUAUUUUCAUACAAAUUAUUAUGCAAUUUGAGCUGCAACUUAUUUCAAUUAUUAUUUUCAAUAAAUCUCGAAUAUAAGUUGUGUGAUAAGUUUUGUUGAAUUA